CAGCCUCCUCCUCAUCCUUCAUCCUCAUCCUCUCCCGUAGCCUUCAUCCUCACGUUCCUAUCAGCCUCCAAGCCCCAACAGCUCUCCUACGAUGAGGAGGACUCCGAUUCCGAUUGCCUCAAGAUUAAACACGAACUAGAGGACGAUGACUUCGAUUGCGUCGUUAUUAAGAACGAAUUGGAGGACAACGACUCAGAUGAGGUCCCGGAGGCCAGGCCGGUCAAUCGUGGACGUCGGUUCGUGGUCGAGGACAAGGAUAGCGAUGAAGAUUGGGCUAAUAUUGAGUCAAUGAGUGAGGAAGAUGAGGAGGAGGUAGAGGAGUUGAUGAAGACGUGGUUAGGAAGGCUUUGUAGAAAUGUGCCAAAAUAUUGGCAGAUUUGAGAAAAGAGCUCCACGGAAGUUCAGCUCCGACGGUUUCUGAUCGGUACGCCGAAGUGGAAGUUGCCCAUAUGAGGAUUGUCAAUCAAGUGCCUUUUCUUACUUUUACUGAGCUUCUUGUGGAUGACAUUAUUGAGGCUUGUAGGUCUGAAGAUUCUGAUUUUCAACCUAUUCUCAAGCCAUAUCAGUUGAUUGGUGUUAACUUUCUUCUUCUGCUGUAUCAGAAGGGUAUUGGUGGAGCCAUUUUGGUCGACGAGAUGGGUCUCAGGAAGACCAUUCAGUGCACAGCAGAAAGAUGAUCGUAAAAUUCUGAAACGAUGGCAGUGGAGUUGUGUGCUUAUAGACGAGGCUUAUGCUUUGAGGGACAAAAAUAGCUACAGGUGGAAAAACCUAAUGUCUGUUGCACGAAGUGCAAACCAGUGUCUAAUGUUGACACUGACACAUCUACAAAUGAUUUACAUGUAUGACUUUUUACCCUUUGAAAUCUUAUAGAAUAUUACUGAGGUCUUGGAUCACAAGCUCAGUCGUUGUCAUGGCAAGGUUGUUCGGUGUAUGGGGAAGGUGCUGGUUCGUGAGACAGAUGCCUUCUCUUCCAAAUCGAUCAUAGAAUAGGUCAUCGCCUUGAGGGAGGAAGUGGCAACCUUAAAAGGUUAGCUUGCGGCCCAAUAAGCAGCACGAGAGGCCGAAGCAGCAGCCCGGAAAGCCGAGAUUGCAUCCCAGUUAUCGGUCCAGGACGAUAAGAUGAGUAUGAUCUUACGUGCCUUACAAAUGUUCAGCUUUCAAAUCCUGAUGCCAGCACCUAAUCUUACUCCACCUUCGACCUCCCAGCCACUUCGCCUAACCGAUACCCAGUAGCCUAAUGCAUCAAGCCUAGAAGACUACUUGUUGUAGUUUUUUCUUUUAUGUUCGAACAUCUUGU